AUAAAUUAAUAGUAAAGAAAAAUUCUUGUGGAAAUAAAAAAAAAAUGCUUGAAAUAAUAAUGUUUUUGAGUAAGGUAAACCAAUAAAGUGAUGUAUGGAUGUAGUGUGAGGUAAAUGAAUAGAUAAAUGCUGUAUGUAUAGGAAGAACAACACACUAUUUCUUUUUCUCACAGCUUUUAGAUUGCUAGAUAAAUGUUUUUGAAGUAAGAGGUAACAGAGAAGUAUUAGCGUAAAGAGGAGGGGGAAAUACAAAGUGCCUGGGAUAGGUGGAAAAACAUUUAAGAAAUGUAGGUAGUGCUAAAGCGGAUUUCAAUUGAAUUUAAAAACAAAUAAAAUAAAAUAGAAGUAAUAAAAUGGACGAGAGUAGUAGGAAAAAAAUAAUCGUAAAUUGACAUCACACAAGCAUUCAGGGAAAAAUUUGUUCUAUAUUUUAGUAUUCAUUUCUCCUGUAUAAUAUUUUCAUUUUUUCGUAGCACAAAUUUCGUUUCCAUUUUGCAAUCGACUCAUUGUCUAUAUGUCCAUAAGUAUAUUUAAUACAGACUUGGAAAUGAACACAAGUAAUAGGAAUGUAUCUUAUCUAGAGAUAAGCGUAAAAUAGGCCAUUGUAGGCUGGAAUCGAACGUAAAACUCCAGUAAGGAGGUGUGAAGGUGAAGACGGCGGAAGUGACCUUUGAAGAUGGCUGACGUUGAAAUGGCGACUGAAACAGAAGUAACAACAGUAGACGGUCGGGAAUACCAGCGACAGAGGAGCAAUAGUGAUCCACAACCUGCUAUAGAAGCUUUGAAUGCAUUGAAUGUUCAAAACGGUAAGUCAUUUAAGUAUGGAGAAAAUUUUUAAUUAUCCUUGGAUGUUAUUUUUUAAUAAGAUAGAUAAGAGAAAAAAUGGAGAAAUGAAAUCCAGUUCAUUAGGACCAAAAACACCGCCUCCAGAACGGAAAAGUAAAUUUGCAGCCUUAGGAAAAAUAUUUAAGCCUUGGAAAUGGAAAAAAAAAAAAAAAAGUGAAAACAUUGUUCGGAAAGCUGUAGAUUUAGAGAGAAAAAUAUCUAUGCGUUCCACGCGAGAGGAGUUAAUACGAAAAGGAGUUUUAAAAGAAUCUGAUGAUGUACAGGAAAACCAUGUAAAUAAAUUAUUAGAUUCAGUGACAGAGACAGAAGAAGUAGGUGCUUCAUCGUCGUCGUCAGGUGAUUGUGAGCUAGCAGUGGCUAAUCUCAGUAUCUCCACCAGCAGAUGUGGGGACACCGUUGUCACUACAGAUAGCCAUUCCUCUUCAGACCUAGCUAUAAGCCCCCAGGUGGUGCAGACUUUACCUUUGCCUACCAUUUCUUUUUCUUCGUAUUCCCAAACCACUGAGAGCAUGGCUGCUGUAUCAACGGUGGCUGUGCACAAUUUCCAUGGUGUUCAGUCAUCAAAUAAUGGUACUCAAGAUGUGAUUACUGGUCUGUCUUCAUUCCCCACAGACAAUAAUAAUACUGUUGCCCUUAAUACAGAUAUUAUUUCUUCUUCCAACAAUCCUAUACCAGUUGUGACUGCUGCACAGGUCCGUCCCGUUGUGAUUUCCAUGUAUCCACGGACAAAAGAACCUCCUGAUCAUCCUAAUGAUACUAUUGAUAGAGGUUUAACUGGUGACAGUAUGAGGCCACAGCAUCUUCAGAUAGAGCUUGAUUCUCAUGAUCAUGCAUAUUCAGGAGAUAGCUGCCAAAAUGAGCGUAACAAUAUGAGGUCUCGGAAAGACAAUGAAAGACAUGAGGGUCAUGGUAUUUUUAGAUGCCAUCCAAAAGACUACGACAGGGAUGAAAACAGUGCCGAAAGUCCAUCAGCAGAUGACUAUGAUAAUUUAACAGGAGCAGAAACAUUUGAGUCUAUACCAGCAUGUGAGCCCAACUUGAAUCUUAUACCCAAAAAAAGUGCUCUGAAAAGGAAUUUUGGUAAUGACCCGACUCUGCAGUCUCCUACAGCGCGUUGCAAUCAGCUCCCUAGUGUGGGAAUCCCGUUAGCAAUACAUCAACACUUUCAGCAGCAUCAUCAUCGACAUACUCACCUGCCAUCAAAAGUGGGUUUCAGUGAAAGGCCUGUUCAGAUAAUACCCACAACUAUUCAUACAUCACAGUCCAAUUCAUCCAAUAAGAUUCCACGACCAAAACUCAGGAUUAAAGUUUCUGGUAAUGAUAGUGACAAGGAGAAUCUUCCAGCUGGCACUUACUACCCUGACUAUGACAAUUUGCCAGGAGACGAUGGGGAUAGUGAGCAGGACGACGAUAAUGAAGAGGAUGACAAUUACUCUUCAGAUGAGGAAGAUAUUAAUUACAUAGAUAAAGAUCCAAACUCUUUAGGUGCCAAAGUCGCUCGACAUGACAGCCUUGCUCGAUUCUUGAACAAUCGUCCAUCUCGACGAGAACUUGUUGAGAAAAAUAUCAUUCCGAUUAAAACAGAGAAGGAGAAACAGGAAGACCGAGAGGCAAUUGGUACUAAACUGACAAGACGUUUAAGUUUGAGGCCAACACCUGAAGAACUUGAGCAAAGAAAUAUUUUACACAAUAAAUCAGCAGAAGAAGCUAAACAAGAAAAGGAAGAAAAGAAACGAUACCUCAUUCGGAAGCUAAGUUUCCGACCUAGUAUAGAUGAAUUAAAGGAGAGAAAAAUUAUAAAAUUUAAUGAUUAUGUGGAGGUGACUGAAGCUCAAGAUUAUGACCGGCGGGCUGACAAACCUUGGACCCGGUUGACCCCGAAGGAUAAGGCUGCCAUCCGAAAGGAAUUAAAUGAAUACAAAAGUAAAGAAAUGGAAGUCCAUGAAGAUAGUCGACAUUUAACAAGGUUUCAUCGGCCAUGAAUUUAAUAACCUCAAAUCUAGCAAAGCUUCCCGAUACAAGCCUGGUCAGUGCCAAUCUACCCAAGAGAGAAGCAGGUCUUCAAUGGGGUACUGCCAACUGCUUGUUUCUUUCAGCUCCCAUUGGAAAACAAUGAUGAGUUAUACCUCUAAUGGGGCACAUUGCAACCGCAGGAGGGUCUCCUUGGUUUUUAACUCUCUCUCUCUAACUUUUCUUCUUUACAGAGGUCUGUUUGACUGGACUGCCUCGGCAUUCUUCCAAGAACUCAAUAUCUCAAACAUUUUAAACAGAGCUCAAUCAACACCUUCUCUCUCUUUUUCUUAAGCUGCCCACUGCCUUCCUCCAGUUCUUUGUAAUCCAACUUUUCUUUUAGUUCAUCAUUGGGUUCAGCUACAAUUAUCAAUAUUUCAUGCUUCAGCUAUUUGGUCAUUCUGAUGAUGAAAUUGUGAUCACCUAAAUCUCUCCAUAAAACAGAUUUGUAUUAUAUCUAUCACUGAAACAAUAUCCAACCCCACUUUAUCCCUCACCCUUACAAGAAAUGCCACUCCAGUCUCUUUUCUACUCUCCAAAUCUUAUAUUUAACAGAAAAUGAUUUUAAAAAACUAAAACCCAAAUAAAAUUGCCAAAUAUUUAGAAGUAAACAAAUAAAAACAAAAACUAAGAAAGUUAACUUCCCAAUUAUUGCCAAUUCUUUCACUGAACAAUUCAACACUUUGGUUGUCUAAUUUGAUAGAAGAAAUAUACCAAGUAUAUUUUUUAAAAUAAGGUGAGAAAUGUAAGUAAUAAAUCAAACCAUUUCAUUUCACUCUCUGUUAGCAUUUAUGCUGAUGAGACAAAGAACCCCUAAGUUCUUUGCGUGUGUAUGUGUGUUUGUUGUACUCUGUUUACCCAUGAGGCAAAUGGAAUUAAGUGAAAAUGGAAGGUUCAGAAAUAACGUGCCUCGAGACAAACAUUUCAAAUUAUUUUCUGACAAAACAAUCAAGAGCGAAAAGGAAAAUUCUACACGAAGAAUCAGUUAUUGUUUGCUGUUAAGAAUGGCUCUAGUAUCAUUAUAACCAUUGGGCAAGAUACCUUUUCAAUUUUAUGUCAUUAUUUUUAUUAAUAAUAAUAAUAAUGUUAUUAUUGUUAUUCAUUGUAAAAUAGAUUUAGUAUUUUUUUUCUUUCUAAACAUCUAAAGGUACCCUUGCCUGUUCUUUCUCUCCAAAUGUUUGAAAGGAGAAGUGAUAAUGAAAAAUGUUGUGCCAAUCAAAGCACUGAUUACUCUACAGAUUGCUGCUCAUAGCAGUACUAAUUUACUAACUCACUCAGCUAUCAUCUUCUCAAUGCUGCUCUUCUUUCUUAUCUUUGUUAUAUUUGUGCAGCAAGCAGAGAUGGCCCUCAGUGUCCUUCCUCAGCCUGCUGCACUAAUGUUAUGAUUUAUUUGGAAUGCAAAAAAAACAGUCCACUAAUUUUAUUGUUAUUGCUGCAUACAAAUUUUAAAAAUAAUUUUUUUAAUUUUUUUUUUUUUUGUCAAAAUUAAAGGAAAUUAAAAGAGAAUUAUUUUUAACUAAAAGUUAAUUUCAUUCCUGUGAUUUUUCUAACCUGGAAGAUUUGGAAGGUGAAUCUUUAAAAUCCAUUUUGUCCUUCCAUUCUGCUCCCUUAGGACAACAGAUAAACAACCUUGCCUUGCAAACCGUUUUUGAUAAAUUUGUAUGAGUCAGGUGUCCUUUAAAUAAUAACACUUUGAAGAAAACAGUGUGAUGUGUUGAUGAAAGGGAGAAUAUUAUUCUGCCUACCACCUCACCAGGAGUCUCGCUUUUUCUCUAAAUAAACCCAGGCAGCCUUUAUCAUGGAAUAUAUCCCUCUCCCUCCAUUCCCUUUUUCCUAUACCAAAACUUAAGGUAUAGAAACUCAUUAAUUUGUCUUAAGUUUAAUUGACAACUAAUUUCCAACCAUGUGAAGAGGAGUCUUCCGAGAGAUCUAAGUUAGAUGAAAAUGCUGUUAACAUUGUUUUUGUUACUGUUAUUUCUUAAAUGGGAGAGGCUGUGAUAUACAGUUGUUGAAUAAAUUAUAUAUGUAUGUGUAUGUAUACAUAUAUGUAUAUAUGCAUAUUUGUAUGUAUACACACAUAUAUAGCUAUCUAUGUAUGUAUACACACACACACAUAUAUAUAUACAUGUAUAUCGUUAACAAAAUGUUCAGUCUUCAUUCCAUUAGAUUGUUAAACACUUAUUGAGAUAAAAUUGCAGGAAACAAAAAUAUUAGAUUUUACUUGUUUCAAAUAAUUUUAUUUUAACAUUUAAUCCUAAGGGCCAUAAAUUAAUCCUUUUAAAUUUUGUAAGACAAAUAUUUCAUUAAAAUAACUAAGUAAAACAAAAACAUUUACUAAGGGAUAUACCACUACUGUCUUGGAGCUUGUGUGUAUGUAUGUGUGACAACUAUUACACUUUUAGUGUGUGUGUAAAUGAAAUUGUGAGGUGCGUGCACAGACAUGGAGGUGCUGUAUGGAUGUUUGUUGCAACUCAUUCCCCAAUUAUUGUCUCUCUCUAUGUUUGCACAUAUAUAAAAAUAGAGGGAGAAAGUGUAUGUGUCAAGAUCUGGUUGCUUACACAGCUCUCUAUAUUUUACAUAUGUAAAUACAUUGUUAUAUAAUUAUAUAUAUUAUUAUACAUUUUUUUCCCAUCAACAACAAUCAGACAAACCUGAUCAGAUGCUCUCAAUUUAAUUAGUUAAAGCAAAAAUGCCAUUCUCUUUAAAAAAAGAACUUUUGUUAUUCCUCUUAAAUUUUAUUUAAUUUGACAGACAAGCUGUUAUAGUUUAUUAUUUGAAAACCCGUUGUAUUUUUGGUCUUAACUGGUGGGGGGGUACCAUCUCUCUCUCUCAAAUUUUUGGCAGCAAAAUGUCCGUUAAAGACAAAUGGUACUCAAGUUUCUCUCUUUUCUUUUUUAUUAUUAGAAAUUGACUUUUGGGAGGGAAAAAAUUAAUAGCAGAAAAAGAGGAUGGAGAUAAUUUGAAGAAGUGAUUUCAAAGUUGAAAUAAACAUGUCAUGCUGUACCAAUUA